CACUCGAAUAACGCGGGGAUAUAAAAUCAUUCCGUAGGUCCUUCAUCUUAUAGUGAUUUUCGGUGGCGACUUCCUUCGUUUUCACCUCACUCCUUUGUUUCUAUUUCUCUCUGUACUUCUACUUCUUCUAUCCUCAUCUCUAUCCAACCGCUACAAGGCUAAUCGGAUUGCUGAGAUGUCCAAUAGCCCUCAAUUUUCAGGUGUAUAGGCAGCCUGUGAUUGAAAGAAUGUUUUUCUGAUAGAGUUUGAAGUGGCCAUGCUACAAAUAAAUGCUAAUUGCUUCACUUUUUCCCUGAAUUAGCAUCACACACCACCUAUCGUAGGCUCAAUGGAUCCAUCUCAAAAUUUCCCUCCACCUAUGUUGGGUCAGUUCCGACCUGUCGUUCCAUCUCAGCAGCCACAACAAUUUGUUUCAGUGCCUACUCAGCAUUUUCAACCUGUUGCCAUGAUGAAUGCUGGGUUUCCUUCUCAAACUCCACAACCCCAAUUUCCUCAAGUAAUGCCACAAUUACCAGCUAGACCAGGCCAACCAGGCCAUAUUCUACCUGCGCCACCCGCAGUUUCAUUGCCAGCUGCACAGCCUAAUCAGCAUGUUAAUCCUGGGGCAUCACUGCCUCAACCUAAUAUUCAAACUCCAACCAACUAUUUUCCUGGUGUCCCAGCAGCACACCUCUCUUCAUCAUAUACAUUUGCACCAUCUUCUUAUUGUCAGGUGCCGGUGUCUCAUAAUGCCAUGGCUCAAUAUCAACCCAUGGCACAAUUGCAGGUGCCUAGUGUUCCUAUUGGAGGCCAGGUGGGUGUCCAUGUGAGCCAGAGUACUUCUGUCACAUCAGCGCAGCAAAUUGGUGAACAAAUUUCUUUUUCCACAGCUACUAUUCCAAUACCCAUCAUUCAGCCAAAGCCCACUGAAGAGGCUUCAAUAGAUUGGAUAGAGCAUACUUCUGCAAAUGGCCGGAGAUAUUAUUACAAUAAGAAGACACGGCAAUCUAGUUGGGAGAAGCCAUUGGAGCUGAUGUCACCAAUUGAGCGGGCGGAUGCAUCGACUAACUGGAAAGAAUAUACAACUCCUGAUGGAAGAAAGUAUUACUUCAACAAGGCUACAAAUCUAUCAACAUGGUCAAUCCCUGAAGAGCUGAAGUUGGCUCGUGAACAAGUAGAAAUGGCAUCUGCCAAAGGAACACAAUCAGAAGUUUCUUCUCAUAUGCCAGCUCCUGUGCCUCCUUCAAGUAAAGCACAAUCUGAUGCUGAUACAUCAUCUACAAUAAUUCAAGGAGCUUCCUCAAGUCCAGUUUCAGUGGUACCAGUUCCUGCUAGUAGUAAAACUGAAUCUGUUGUGGUUUCUGGGUCAGAUUUACUGGUUGCAACUUCAACUGUGACCAAUGUACACGCAGUUCAGACGGUUGAGGAUGCUAUCACACCAUCUGUUGCUGUUUCAGAAAGUUCUGAAGUUUCUUUCACAGAGACCAAUGCUGUUACAACUCCAAUGAAUAUUAUGAGCAAAGCUUCUUCUUUGGAUAUGAUUAGGUCUGCCGAAGGAGUUUCUACUCCAAAUGCAGAUGAAACUGUAAAGGAUGUGGUAGUGAGUGAGAAAAUUAACAAUUCUUUGGAAGAGAAAGCAAUUGAUCAAGAGUCUUUGACUUAUGCCAGCAAGCAAGAGGCCAAAGAUGCAUUCAAAGCUCUUCUGGAGUCCGCAAACGUUGGUUCUGAGUGGACAUGGGAUCAGGCCAUGAGAGUAAUAAUAAACGAUAAAAGAUAUGGUGCUUUGAGAACACUUGGAGAGAGAAAACAAGCUUUCAAUGAGAUUUUGGGUCAAAAGAAAAAACAUGAGGCUGAGGAAAGGCGGGUUAAACAGAAAAAAGCACGGGAAGAAUAUAAAAAAAUGUUAGAAGAGUCUUCAGAGUUGAUUUCAUCCACAAGAUGGAGCAAAGCAAUUCCUAUGUUUGAAGAUGAUGAGAGGUAUAAAGCUGUUGAACGAGAGAAGGAUAGGAAGGAUCUUUUUGAGAAUUACAUUGAUGAACUCAGGCAAAAGGAACGGGUGAAGGCUCAGGAGCAGCGCAAGCAGAGUAUUAUGGAGUAUAGACAAUUUUUGGAAUCUUGCGACUUUAUUAAGGCAAAUAGCCAGUGGCGAAAAGUUCAAGACCGCUUAGAGACUGACGUAAGAUGUUCACGUCUUGACAAAAUUGACCGCUUGGAAAUAUUUCAGGAAUAUAUAAGGGACUUGGAGAAAGAAGAAGAGGAGCAGAGGAGGAUACAAAAGGAAGAACUGAGAAAGACAGAGCGUAAAAAUCGUGAUGAGUUUCGCAAGUUGAUGGAAGAACAUGUUGCUGCAGCAACUCUUACUGCCAAAACUCAUUGGCGUGAUUAUUGCAUGAUGGUUAAAGAUUCACCUCCCUUUCUGGCAGUUGCAUCCAACACUUCAGGUCCAACACCAAAAGAUUUGUUUGAAGAUGUAGCUGAGGAGCUUCAGAAACAGUAUGAUGACGAUAAAGUUCGAGUAAAGGAUGCAGUAAAGUCGACAAAGAUUUCUUUGGCUUCAACUUGGACUCUAGAAGACUUGAGGGCUGCCAUUUUUGAGGAUAUUAGCUCUCCACCUAUAUCAGAUGUUAACUUGAAGCUGAUUUUUGAGGACUUACUUGAAAGGGUAAAGGAGAAGGAGGAGAAAGAAGCAAAGAAGCGCAAACGUCUUGCAGAUGGCUUCUUUGAUUUAUUGCAAUCUGUGAAGGAAAUCACUUCAUCUUCAGCAUGGGAGGAGUGCAAACAUCUUCUUGAAAACAGUCCGGAAUUCAGUUCCAUUAGGGAUGAAGCCUCCUGCAAGGAGAUAUUUGAGGAAUAUGUAAAACAGUUGAAAGGAGAUGCAAAAGAGAAGGAACGAAGACGGAAGGAAGACAAGGCAAAGAAAGAAAAGAGAGAGAAGAGAGGGAGUGGAGGAAGUCGAAGCAUGGAAGGGACAAAGAGAGAGGAUACGAAAGAGAAAAGGAGGAACACUCGAGGGAGGGACCUUCAGAUGCGCAUGUCGGUACAGGUGAAUUUCACGAUGAAAACGAACAUAAACGGUCAGGAAAAGACGACAGUAAGAGACAUCAUAAACGACAUCGAAGUUCAGUGGAUAACUCGAAUGAAAGUGAAAAAGAUCGGACUAAGUCUCACAGGCAUAGCAGUGAUCACAGGAGAUCAAAAAGGCAUGCAUCGACGCCCGAAUCCGAUAGCGAAACCAGGCAUAAGAAACAUAGGCGAGACCAUCGGAACGGUUCCCGUAGAGAGGCCGAUCCCAAGGAGCUUGAAGAUGGAGAGUUUGGUGAGAGGGAAAGUCAGUAGUAGUAGUAGCAGGUAUGUUUUUAGCUCCUCUUUGUUUAUCAUGCUUAAUGUAUUUCAACGAUGAAAGGUGGUCUGUUUUUAGCAGUUUUAAAAUUUGAUGGUAGUGGCAAAUGUU